UCGCGGAGCGCAGCGGAACGCCGUGUGUGGGCUGCGCCGGCGGAGGGAGCGGUGUGGCGGGCGGCCCGGCGCCGGAAGCGGCAGCAGCGGGCGGACGGUGGAGCCUCAUGGAGCGGCUCCGCAAGCUGUGGCGGGGCCGCACGAUGACCUUCGGCGUGCCGCUGCUGCUCUACAUUGUUGGGGGAUCUUUUGGACUCCGUGAGUUUGCUCAGAUAAGAUAUGAUGUCCACAAACUACAUGGCAAGGUUGAUCCUGCUUUGAAGGAAAAAUUGAAGCAGAACAAUGUGACGUUGGAAUCUGAAUAUAAGAAAUUGGAAAAAUCUGACUUGGAUAACUGGGAGAACAUCAGAGGACCCCAGCUGUGGGAAGAUUCCAGGACUGUUCAGAAGCAACGGCGAGAGGCUGCCCGUCUCAAGACAGAGUGAUUGAGCAAGCCUGCUUUGCUGCCUAUGGAACCAAGUCUCAGGCUGGACUACCUUAUGUUCUAAACCAGCAUCAGGAACAGAUUUGGGAUGGAGGAAUUGUCCUGAGCAAUUCAAGCCAAUAUGUAUAUAACUGAAUGCGAGAUCAAACCAAAAAGCACUAUGUUGUAUGAAGCUCUUUGUUUGCUUCUGUUUGCACAGAAUUCCACAGGCUGUAUAUGAGAGUUCUCAAUUAAAAAACAAAACAAAACAAAACAAAAAACCUGA